GCAGGAGCGUAGGCAUAAAGUCGUCGACAGUGGAAAACAAACUCUCACACUCUUCCUUCUGCGUUUUCUUCUGCAACAUUCCAAUCCAAUCCGUAACGACAAAACCGUGCGUUUCUCUGUUCAAUCGCAAUUCCUCGCCACUACCUCCGCCGCUCACCGGUCAGUUCCAUGGCCAUCUCCGCCCGCCAAAACCCGAGCUCCGACGCGCGGCUGUUCAAGCUCUGUCCCUUCUGGAGUUCGCGGAACGGAUUGUUGUCUUCCAACCAUUCCGAAGCGAACGUUCAAAGGUCCUCCAAAACGGUGUCGUCCGUCGCCAGGUCGCUGCUUCCUCCGCGCCGGAGGCUCCGUCUCGAUCCUUCCAGUUACCUCUACUUUCCAUAUGAACCGGGGAAGCAGGUGAGGAGCGCGGUUCUGUUGAAAAACACGAGCAAGUCUCACGUUGCUUUCAAGUUUCAAACUACGGCGCCAAAAAGUUGUUACAUGCGGCCUCCUGGUGGGAUUCUUGCUCCCGGGGAAAGUUUGAUUGCAACUGUGUUUAAGUUUGUGGAGCAACCUGAGAACAAUGAGAAGUUGUCGGAUCAGAAGCACAGGGUGAAGUUCAAAAUCAUGAGUCUCAAAGUGAAAGAAGGGGUGGACUACGUACCUGAGCUGUUUGAUGAACAAAAGGAUCUAGUGGCAGUGGAACGAAUAUUGAGGGUUGUGUUUAUAGAUCCAGAACGGCAAACUCCGGCUUUGGAAAAACUGAAAAGACAGUUGGCUGAAGCUGAUGCUGCAGUUGAAGCUCGGAAGAAGCCUCCUGCGGAGGUAGGUCCUCGUGUUGUUGCUGAAGGGCUUGUGAUUGAUGAAUGGAAAGAGAGAAGGGAAAAGUAUCUGGCCCGGCAACAAGUUCAAGCAGUAGAUUCGGUGUAAACGCAAUUUGUUCAUCCAGCUAAUUGUUUUCUUAAGGGAAACACGAUCAAGAUAUCAUUGGAUGCGCUUCAAAAGAACUCUGUUGGGGGGAAUUGGUUGGCAUCCUAUUGGUAGUUUGAGAACGCAAUCUGGUGGAAAGAUUCGUUGUAUAACUGUCAAAAUUCUUGUUCUUUGGAGGAUCAGUCCGAUUUGUACAUAGUAGAGUUUGCUUGUUUGUAUAAUAAAUGCAAUUCCUCACUGCCAUAUGCUUGUGCAAUAAUCUUGAAAUAACACAUCAUUCAUAAUAAAAAUCUUAUUUUUUGUGCA